AAUUGCUUGGGGGCAACUGACAUGAAAAAAUAACGUGACUGUUUCUUUAAAUGUGAGGAGACGUGCGCUGGGUGAGCUAGUGAAUGUCUUUUCACUCGUGCUGAGUCUUCGUCACUGAAGGGGAAACCAUGACACAGACCAAGGCGCAAAAACUGAUUUAUAUAAGAAUACCGAAACACAAGACCACAAUAAAAUAAAGAAAAAGAAACAAACAAAAAAACCCAAUCAAACAAAAAAGCAUUGAAGAUUGUAGUGCUAGCCGGUCUGGCUACUCUGCCUCGGUAUACAUUGGAGCCAUUAUUGACGGCGGUUUACCCGAAAACGCGUUGGUAUAUAAUUAUAUACAUACACGUCAGUCUCAGAAUCACAAAAUUGUAAUGUUGAUGACACACGGAUUAUAGGAAAUGUCUUCGCUAUAAUCAGCCGGCUGUAACACCAAGAGUUCCCGCAGAUAAACAGUUGGCUGGGAGAAAGAAGACAAGCGACCGCAAAUGAAGUGUGAGAAUUGCACCAAGACGGAAUGCAGUAAGAAGCAGAAGAACGAUGAGAACCAAAGCUCUGCCCAGGACUCCGUCAACACGAUGGAGGAGAAUGGGGAGACCAGUGAGUUUCACAAGCUGGCGGGUAAGCGAGUGUAUCUGAGUGACUGCCUGGCCUGUGACAGGUGUGUCUCGGAGGAGGAGAGCCGGAGAAUUUCUCAACAGAACCAGAAGGAGCUGUUCAGGAUCGUAAACUUUAACAAGAAAUGCGAUACCUCAAAACACAAAGUGCUGGUCGCCUCCCUUUGCCCACAGUCACUGCCUUACUUUGCUGUGAAGUUAAACCUCAGCAUUCCCGAGGCCACCAAGAAACUCUGCAGCUUCCUGAAAAGCCUGGGGUUCCAUCACGUGUUUGAUGCCACGCUGGCCGCUGACUUCAGCAUCCUGGAGAGCCAGAAAGAGUUUGUGGAGCGCUACAGGCAGAGGAACAGAGACCAGCAGGCCCUGCCAAUGUUAACCUCCGCCUGCCCUGGUUGGAUUCGCUAUGCAGAGCGAGUGCUAGGCAGCCAGGUGACCCCUUACAUCUGCACAGCCAAGUCCCCCCAGCAGAUCAUGGGCUCCCUGGUCAAGGACUACUUUGCCAAACAGCAGGGGCUGGCCCCAGAGACGCUGUACCAUGUGGUGGUGGCUCCCUGUUUUGAUAAGAAGCUGGAGGCCCUGCGAGAGGAGUUUUAUAACAGCCUGCAGCACUCUCAGGAUGUGGACUGUGUUCUCACCUCAGGGGAAAUCGUUCAGUUGAUGGAACAGAGCAAUGUAUCCGUGGAGGAUUUGGAGUCCACCCCUUUAGAUCAUGUGUUUGGGGACACAGAGGUGGCUGAUCUUGCCCGGCAUGAUGGGAGCGGGGCAGAGGGCUUCCUGGAACACAUUUUCAAGUUCUCUGCAAAGGAGUUGUUUGGAGUGGAGGUGGAGGAAAUAGUUUAUCAAUCACUAAAAAACCGUGAUUUCCAGGAGGUGACCCUGCAGAGGGAUGGCGAGCCACUCUUGCAGUUCGCUGCAGUCUACGGCUUCCGAAACAUCCAGAACAUGAUCCAGAAACUGAAGAAGGGUCGCUUCCCUUACCAGCUGGUGGAGGUGCUGUCCUGCCCUGGAGGCUGUCUGAAUGGGAAGGGACAGGUGCAGACAGAGAGUGGGAAAGCUGACAAGGCCCUGCUGCAGCAGAUGGGGGAGGUGUAUACCAGCCUGCCUGUGCGACUGCCUGAGACCAGCGCCCAGAUACACACACUCUACAGGGACUGGUUGCAGGGGGCCGAGUCCCAAAAGACACGGGAGGCCCUGCACACUCAGUACAGGCCAGAGAACCCGGCCAGCAGCACUGCAGACUUCAAGUGGUAGUGUGGACAAUCUUCUACAACAAAGACCUCCUUAAACCAGAGCUAGCCCAGGCUUUCUAAAACCCUUGUUGGCGCCUUUUAUCACCUGCAACAUUAUAAUUGCCAGCUUGUGCGGAAUGUCUUUUAAGUUCUUUGCAUGCUUUUUUAAGGAUUUGCUGUUUUUAUUUUCAAAUAUGAAGCUAUAGAUGUCCUUCCUAUGCUGUAGGUCACAUGGUCUGAUACAACACAGAGAAAAGGGAACCAGACAACCAAGAAACCUUUGGCACAAGAAAGGCAGACCACUGGUAAAGAGGUCAAAUUAAGGAUUUUAAAGUCUUGGUUAUGACUCCUGCCAUAGCACUGUAUAUAGGGUGUAGAGCCACCAUCAUUCAAACUGUUAUUGAGAGAUACGUGUCUGCUCCUUGUUCUUACCUGAAGGCAAAUUACAUUUAAUAUGUUAAACUUUCUCCACAGAGCCAGAGCAAUUGAACUCAGACCUUAAGAGCAUGCAGGAGGGGUACACUUGAGUUAUGUUGCUGCUAUCCUUUCCAAGUAGCAAAUACCUAACACUGAUAGUGAACCACUCACUAAAAUAACAAAACAUACCUCUUUGCUUGUCCCCAAAUACAAAUUCCAUUGCUUUGAGUCAGAUGAUGUUUCUGAACCUAAUCUGAUUAAAUCUCCCAACCCCGUUCCAGCUUGAAACUGGUUUGCAUGCAGACUAUAAAGAGGGUUUAGGAAUUGAUUACCUUGACUUAGACUAGGUGCACAUAAAGGCUGUUAUGAUCUGAUCACUAUUAGCUUGUGCACAUUGCUUAGAAGUACAGUCCAACCCGUGUUAACAUCAAAGAGAUUUCCCUCCUAAAUACAGCCCCUUGAUAAACAAAGUAACACAAUGAAAGACUUUGUGGGUUACAGGUUGAUACUGUGCCAGCCACAGGAAAUCAUUCACAGAACUGCAUCUUCAUCUGGACAAUCUGAUUCGAUGCUGUGCUUUCUUUAACUGAGUUCAAUCUCCCCUGCGGUUGUAGUUGCUGGGACAGACGUAACUUCUGGUUAGGUCAUCCAGUGUCUUUAUAGGAUGAAGUGCCUGUGUCAUCAUGUGCUCAGCUACUUCACAUAAAGUUUAUGUUAGAAUUGAUGCAACCAAUUUAAAGGCACUCUAGCAGCCUAUGUGACAUACUGUAUGUCUUUGGCAAGCAAUUAAAACUGAAGCUCUUGAACUCACUCAAAACACUGUAUACAGUGAGUCAUUGCAAUAAGAAGCCCUCAGAAUGCUGCAAACUUCAUACAAAAGUAAUAGAAAAUGUAAUCCGAUGCUACGUACUCUAACUCUAUGCACAUAUGCCGGACCUGCUUUCCAGAUAUCUAGACAUGUUUCCCUGGCCUCUGGAAGCCAUAAACCACAUCACGUCUGGCAACUAGAACCAAAAACAUAAUGUGAAAUAUGCAGUUAAAAACCAGCUGGAGCUUCAUAUUGCCUUUACUAAUGGACUUUUCAUAAACCUAUCAAUAAAAAAAAAAAGAAAAGAUUUCUGGUUGUGUUGUAUGGGAAGUUUGUUUUAAAGUUCAUAUUAAAAACUCCAUAUACAAUGAGAUCUUAUCAACAAACUGGGAAGACUAAACUUGAAUUGGAAUGUAGACAGUAGAACUACAGUGAGAAUGCAAUGAUUCUGUCCUAUAAAUUGGCGUGUGUAGGGUGUCUGUUGGUUACACAACAAUAAGUGAAAUCUACUGUCAAUUAUUUGACAACCUGAUUCACCACUGGGUUGAUUAUCCUGCUUAAAAUAGUUUUAAUUCGGCCGAUAUUCAUUGAAAAUGCUAUUCCUAAAUACCACUUCUAAUAUAACAAAUAUUUAGUAUUGACUGCUACUAGAGUUAGCACAGAAUAGUUGACUAGAUAAGUGGCCGUUGACAUGGAAAGUGGUAGUCAACUAAUUGCACACUUCAAUUUGAAGCAGUAAUCUUGUAAUGUGUUUUUGUGUUUUAAAGUGUGUUUUCGGAGUGAACUAGCAAUCCCAAUAUUUAAUUGUAUUCAGCCGUUUAAAUUGAAACAUUAAGUAAUUGCAAGUUGCUUAUAAAUUACAUUUUAAAACAAAGUUUUAAGAUACAGUUUAAGAGCAGCAAAUGUUACCAAACUGUAGAGACACACAAGAGUAUAACAUUAGAUCCCAGCUACCUGCUUUUCUACAAAUCUUCAUACUUUCGACUUAAAACAUUGCCUAUUUUGACCAUUUUCAUUUUUAGUUACAGUGCUUUGAUUUCAUAUGCACAACAAAUCAAAACAACAGAUUCAAUGGGUAUUCUAAUUUUUGCAAUCUAAUAGCGGUUCAAUAAAUGCUGUUGGCGCCAAUUAAUAUAAAAGACACUUUACAUGUUACAUAUUACACAUGCCAGUGACAAGCAACUAGACCAGAAGAGCAGCUCCAGAACUCUGUGAGAAAGUUCAGUGUUGCAUAGGGGGAUAUUGUGCAAAUAAAUGCAUCACAUCAGGCCUCAACAGGGCUGAGUUCCUGCAGCUGCAGGCCAGCGUGUUUCUAAUCCCCUGUGAAGAAGAUAAUAGUGCAAGCAGUCAUAUGCAGAUUCUAGAUGUAUGGGAUGCAUAUGUGUCUGUACAUCUGUCCACCUGCAUGUCACCUUUACAUAUAUCUGAAACCACUUACCCAGUUUUAACUAAACUCUCCAGUAACAAGUUAAUGAUAAGAGAGAUAUCUGUCUGUAUGCCACACUUCAUCUGGAGAAUUGCUUUUCAAAUUGUGAUUAACGGUACACUUUUUUCUAUACUAUUAGGGCUUCUGAUUUUCGAUUUUAACUGGUAAAAAAACAAACAAUAAAACACCCCGAUACAAAAAAAUGAAAUCGGUGCAUCCCCAAGAAACACUGGAAAUUGUUACUCAAUUUGACUCGACCCUUUUCUCUGUGAAAAAUAAAUACCUAAAAAAAAUGUAGAUCCCAAAGCAGUUGGGUAGUGUCUGUCCUUCCCGACUUGGACCUCACAUUGAUUUAAAACAAGAUGUUCUUGCUCCCGAGUUUGAAAGUUAUUUACAGUUCGAUAAGGAGUAUUUAUACUCUCGUAGAAUUUAAAACUGAAUUGCAAAAUGUUAAAAAAUGCCUAAACACACACAAAAAAAAACAAAAAA